CGGUGUGAGUUCUAAAAAAUUUCCCAAAAAGUCGUUCAAUGACUCGCAUUUUUUUGGAUGGAGGAUCAGUAUGGAACGUUUCAACAAUUUUACGGAGUCUCGUUUCACGCAAGCGGUGCGCCAGGUGCAUCGUCGGCAGCAGCUACAGGUGCGAGCGGCGGAACGCGCAACACAAACGCCAUGUAUUCCGGGAGACAUUCAGUGAGCUCGUCAUCGGGCGUGCUAAUGGUCGGGCCAAAUUUUCGCGUUGGCAAGAAAAUUGGAUGUGGUAACUUUGGGGAACUCAGAUUAGGAAAAAAUUUAUACAAUAAUGAACAUGUAGCAAUAAAAAUGGAGCCAAUGAAAUCAAAAGCACCACAACUACAUUUAGAAUAUAGGUUUUACAAAUUAUUAGGAUCACAUGAGGGUGUUCCACGCUUAUUCUAUUUGGGAACGUGUAGUGGGCGUUACAACGCAAUGGUAUUAGAAUUAUUGGGACCAUCGUUAGAGGAUUUAUUUACAUUAUGCGGCAGACGCUUUUCACUAAAGACUGUUUUGAUGAUAGCUAAGCAAUUACUACAUAGGAUCGAAUACGUUCAUAGUCGUCAUUUAAUUUAUAGAGAUGUUAAACCAGAAAACUUUUUAAUCGGUAGGAGUUCAAACAAGCGUGAUAAAAUAAUACAUAUAAUAGAUUUUGGUCUCGCCAAAGAGUACAUUGACUUAGAUACAAAUAAACAUAUACCAUAUCGGGAACAUAAAUCAUUAACGGGAACAGCUAGAUAUAUGUCAAUAAAUACACAUAUGGGUAAAGAACAAUCCAGACGGGAUGAUUUAGAGGCGUUAGGUCAUAUGUUUAUGUACUUUUUACGUGGAUCACUGCCGUGGCAAGGACUAAAGGCUGAUACAUUAAAAGAAAGAUAUCAAAAAAUUGGUGAUACAAAACGGGCGACACCGAUCGAGGUGCUUUGCGAAAAUCAUCCGGAGGAAUUUGCCACGUAUCUGCGGUACGUUCGACGACUAGAUUUUUUUGAGACGCCCGAUUACGACUAUCUGCGUCGUUUAUUCCAAGAAUUGUUUGACAGGAAAGGAUAUACUGACGAUGGCGAAUUCGAUUGGACAGGAAAAACGAUGCCGGGAAAUUUUCAUGUUAUGCGACAAUUAAAGCAUGCACCGCCUUCGAAUAUACUUAAAACGAAAUCAGACAAGUCUACGCCUGUUGGAUCACUGCAAACUGGGCACGAAGUCGUUGUUUCACCAAAUAGACAUCAGUCAACAAACAGGGAUUUAAUGGAGGAAUUUCUCCUAAAAGAGGCGAUGGAUUAUUUUGAGGAAGAUACUGUCUAUAUCGUGGAGACAAAUGCAAAAGGAGGAGUCGCGGCAUGGUCCGACGUUCCCAAACAAGGGAACACAUUGGGUAAUCUUACACCGGCAGACAGGCAUGGUUCUGUACAGGUUGUAAGCUCAACGAACGGCGAAUUGAAUGCUGACGAUCCCACAGCUGGCCAUUCAAAUACUCCAAUCACGCAACAACCGGAGGUUGAACUUGUGGAUGAAACAAAUUGUUGGAAUUCGAUUAUUUCCAGAUGCUGUUGCUUCUUUAAGCGGAAAAAGAAAAAGUCUUCGCGCCAAAAAUGACUAGAAGCAGUGCAAUGUAGUCCGGAACGUGAACAGGUAACACUGUUACGUGCCACAUCUCACUCAAAUUCGCGCGACAGCGUCCUGAAUCCGAGUCAGGAUUUCAUCCAAGCAUCAUCCCAGCACACGCUCCGUUAUCCAUCGGCAUCCGUUUUGACGGCAACACCGACAAACAAUACACCGACACUUCCAUUAUAAACUUUUUUCAUCGAGAUUUGAGAGAGAAAGAAAAAAAAUUAAAAAAAAAAAAAAAAAAAAAAAAACGUAAAAAAUCCAAGAAAAUUUACAAAAAAAAAAAUUAGCUCAGCAGUCACACACACGCCUCAUUUGUUAAAAAAAUUUCAUACUUCUUCUUAUUUUUUUUUUAAUUUUAAAUUUUUACUCUUUUUUUUGCGUUAAUCAUGAGUAAAAAAAAAUUAUUAAAAAAAUCAGCUUUAAAUUAUUAUUAAAAAUUUGCUUGUGUAAAA